AUGUCAGAACAAAUAUACUCCGCAAAAUAUUCUGGUGUUCCAGUAUACGAAUUUAUUCAUCCAACAGGUUCGAUAAUGAAAAGAAAAAUUGAUGGUUGGGUUAAUGCUACUCAUAUUUUAAAAGCUGCAAAAUUCCCAAAAGCUAAAAGAACAAGAAUAUUGGAAAAAGAGGUUAUUCAUGAAAUCCAUGAAAAAGUACAGGGUGGAUUUGGUAAAUAUCAAGGUACUUGGGUACCAACAGAUAUUGCAACAAGAUUGUCUAAGAAAUUUGGAGUUUUUGAAGAAAUACAGCCAUUAUUAGACUUUGUUCAAAUAUCGGGUGAUGCUUCACCACCACCUGCUCCAAAACAUCACCAUGCUUCUAGAAGUGAAAGUGCCAAGAAAAAAGCUGCAAAAAAUGCAAGUACGUCUGCAUUAUGGAACACACAAAGAUCAAAUUCAGAACUUACCCCUGUAGGCUCAAAUGACCCUUCUAAUUUUAACAAUAAUAGUAAUAGUACUGAUAGUAGUAGUAAUAAUAACAAAGACAGUGUACCGACAGUUCAUAGAAAGAGAGGUAGACCUCCUGCAUCUACAUCUAAUGGACCAAAUUCUGUAUCCGGGACAAGAAAUAAAAGAAAAUUGACCGCAUCUUUAAAACGAUCACAGAGUGAUGUCACCUACGCUAAGAGUCCUUCUCAAAAUACAUCAACAAUAUCAAACCACCUACCAAGUCAUCUUCCUACAUUAGGUGGACCUAAAUUAAGUGGAUUGGAUGAAAAGCCUUAUUUUCAUCAAGAUGCUAGAUUUAAAGAGGUAGAUAUUAAUGAUGGAUUAUCAAGUGACGUGGAACAAAUUAACUCACAUGCUUACGAUGACCCAUUCCCUAUUAGAGGGCAAAGUACAUAUUCUACAACUAAUGAAAAUGACAUGCAAAAUGCUCAUAGGGUAUUGGAUAAUGACAAUGACGUUCAUGUGCAGCAACAGCAUAUUAACAAUGGCUCUGUAUCAGUACCCCCUUUAAAUGCAAAUGAUGCCAAUAAAUUUGCUUUUUCUCCAUCUCAUAAAAAUUCAAUGAUUAACGGCACGCAAUAUGAUAAUGUCUCAUCAACACAUUCAUCACCUUCGUUACCUACUUCACCUCCACCAGGUAAUUUCUUACAAGCCACUCCAACUACACCUAGAUUCCAAAAUAAUUUAGGGACUUCUCCUGUAGCUUCAAUGAUACCUCGAUUUCCUGCUAACACAAAGCAAGAUGUUUCAGAUAUUGAUGAUCAAGUUAAUAAGUAUUUAACCAAAUUGGUGAAUUAUUUUACCUCAAAUGAAAUUAGAAGUAAUAAAUCUGUUCCUGAAGAAUUAUUAUUACCUCCUGUAAAUAGUGCACCAUACAUCGAUGCUCCGAUUGAUCCAGAACUUCAUACUGCUUUUCAUUGGUCCUGUGCAAUGGGUAUAUUACCAAUUGCAGAAGCCUUGUUUAAUGUUGGUACAAAUACUCGUGCUUUAAAUUCACAGGGACAGACACCCCUAAUGAGAAGUGUUAUGUUUCAUAAUUGUUAUACAAGACGAGCAUUUCCAAGGAUAUUUCAAUUGUUACAUGAAACAAUUUUUGACACAGAUUCAAAUUUGCAAACUAUUUUAUUUCAUAUUGUAAGGAGAAAAUCGUCAACUCCUUCUGCUGUUUACUAUUUAAGUGUUGUUUUAUCUAAAAUCAAGGAUGUUUUCCCUCAAUAUAGAAUCGAUCAGUUUCUGGAUGCACAAGAUAAAGAUGGUAAUACUGUUCUCCAUGUAGCAGCAAAUAAUGGAGAUGAAGUAUUUUAUAAUACAUUAAUGAAAUACGGUACUUCAGAUAUGAUUGAAAAUAAAUUGGGACAAACGGCUGCCAAUUUCAUGGUGGAGAAUUUCCCAGAAAAAAUUGCAGAUCAAGAUUUGGAUUCCAAAAGAAUUCAUGAUAGUAUCAGUGCUACCCCAUUACAGUCCACUAAUGACUUCUUGGUAUAUCCAUCUGAUGCAGCAACACUACUAUCUAAAAGUAUACCGUUAAUUGUUACUUCAUUGAAACAACUUGCUGAAGAAUAUAAUGGAGAAUAUAAAGAAAAACAAAGGUUAAUUAAGGAUUUAGAGAAGAAUUUAAAGUCGUCCAAUAUUUCUGUACAAGCAAUUCAAACGAAAAUUUGUGAUAUAUGUAACGUUUCUAAUGUGGAUGAUAUUGAUAACUUUAUUCAACUUGAGGAAGCUAAAGUUGAAGAUUUAGAUAAUAAAGUGAAAGAAUUAAAGGAAGACUACAGAGAUAAAUUAGAAGGGAGGCAGAAGGAAGAGAUAAAUAAUAUUAUUUUAAAUGAGCAUAUUGACAACUUUAGAGACGAAGAUAAAUUAAUUAAUGAAGAUGAGAAGAGUUUGUUACAACAGGAAUUAGACGUGUUAGUGAAAAAACAGAAAGAGCUUAUUGACAAAAUUGUUGAUAAUACUACAGACCAUGUCAAAGUCCAGAAAUACAGAAAAAUGAUAAGUCAAGGUACUGAUAUGGCCAUUGAAGAGGUAGAUGGUUGUUUAGAUAUUAUAUUAGAGACGUUACGUAAUGAGAGGGAGGCGUAG